AUGUCGCACAUUGAUUACGCCCUCUACGAAUCCCCCGUGGGCUAUGCCCUCUUCCAGGUGGUCCAUCAGUCCGAUGCGGUCGGAUUGAAAUUGAAGGAAACCCAGGCUGCUGCCCAGGACCUUGCCAAGUUUGGCAAAAUGGUCAAGCUGAUCAACUUCAGCCCCUUCCGCGGCCAUGUUGAAGCUCUCGAGAAUAUCAACCUCGUUUCCGAAGGCAUCGUUUCCGAAUACCUCAAAUCCGUUCUCGAACUCAAUCUUCCCAAGAGCGGCAAGAAGACCAAGGUCGUUUUGGGAGUUUCGGAGAAAAAUCUUGCCGGUGCCAUCAAGGCCGAAUUCCCAGGAUUGUCGUGCGAGACCGCCGAUACCUCUGAUGUCGUCGGCGACGUCAUUCGUGGUCUCCGUCUCCACGCCGACAAACUCCUCAAGGACCUGAAACACGGCGACAUCGAGAAGGCAGGUCUUGGCAUGGGUCACGCCUACUCCCGUGCCAAGGUCAAGUUCAGCGUCACCAAGAACGACAACCACAUCAUCCAGGCAAGUGCCACCAUCGACUUCCAGGACAAGGGCGUGAACCAGUUCUUCAUGCGAGUCCGGGAGUGGUAUGGCUGGCACUUCCCCGAGCUCAUCAAGAUUGUCUCGGACAAUCUGACAUAUGCCAAGCUCGUUCUCGCCAUUGGGGACAAGAAGACCCUGUCUGAUGACAAGUUGCACGAUCUUGCUGCUUUGCUUGGUGAGGACGGUGAAAAGGCGCAGGCUAUCAUUGACGCCGCCAAGGUUUCCAUGGGUCUGGAUAUUGCGGCUGCCGACCUUGAAAUCAUCUCCGGGUUUGCCGAGGCGGUUGUUAAGCAAGCCGAAAAUCGCAAGACGACCGCUGCCUAUCUGGAAAAGAAGUUGGGCCAUGUUGCUCCUAACCUGCAGACCUUGAUCGGUACCCCCGUUGCGGCUCGCCUGAUUUCCCAUGCCGGCUCGCUCACAACUCUCUCCAAAUAUCCUGCCUCAACUCUUCAGAUCCUUGGCGCCGAAAAGGCCCUUUUCCGUGCUCUCAAGAGCAAAAGCAAUACUCCAAAGUAUGGUUUGAUAUACCACAGCAGCUUUAUCGGAAGGGCUGCCACACGCAACAAGGGUCGUAUCUCAAGGUACCUUGCCAACAAGUGCAGCAUGGCCAGCAGAAUCGACAACUUUUCAGAGGAGCCCUCGACUCGAUUCGGCGAGGCUUUGAAGCAACAGGUUGAGGAUCGUCUGGAAUUUUUCGCCACGGGCAAAAAGCCGGCCAAGAACAUAGAUGUCAUGAAAUCUGUCAUGGCGGUUCUCGGCAACGCCGCCGAUAAGGGCCGUGACGACGAAAUGGCCGAUGCGCCUGAGCCUGCUUCGGCAAAGAAGGAGAAGAAGCACAAGAAAGAAAAGAAGGACAAGAAGGAAAACAAGCGCAAGCGCGACGAGGAGGAAGCCGCUCCCGCCAAUGACGACGAAAAAAAGAAGAAAAAGAAGAAGAGAAAGUCCAAGGCUGCUGAUGAGGAAUAG